GGGUCACCACAAUUAAAUACGAGCCUCCUGCGCGUAGACAUUGUAUUAACUCUGACGUAUUAUUCAAAUAACUUGGUAAUUUAUCGUCGAGUGAAACUUAAUUUCGUCACAGUGCAUUUCGCUGAUGAUUUACCCCUCCAUUUAGCUGAACAUAAUUCGGAACCGAUGGGCUAUUCAUAUUUUUAUUAAUAUUUAUUUUCCUCUUCAUUAAACGAGAAUCAUUAAAUCGAUUGCGCCGUUACGUAAAUGAGUGAUAAGAGAGUGAAAAAGAAAAACCAUUUAUAUGUGAGAUAAUACGACACCUUUAACUUUGCGUUUACGGCAUCGCCGCGAGUGUAAAACUUGUUAUUUUCUCGGUGAUCAGAUCAGUGUGUUUUGCAAAUUUGAAUACGGCAGACGUGUUACAUAAAGAAAGGUGAAUACACUAGACGUAAAUACACUGUAUACUAGAGUGAUAGGCAUUAUAUGUGUGAAAAUAUUGAUUAAAUAAACGUGUGCAGAACCAAAUCAGGAAAAUAUGGCUCAAGAUAAUCUAACGGCAGUUUUACAUGGCAUUGAAGAUCUGCGACUGGAACAACGUCCUAUACCGACGAUCAAAGACAAUGAAGUCUUACUGAAAAUGGACAGUGUCGGCAUUUGUGGUUCUGAUGUGCAUUACUUGGCAAAAGGGAGAAUUGGCGAUUUCAUUCUAACGAAACCGAUGAUCAUCGGUCAUGAAGCGGCUGGCGUUGUAGCAAAAGUUGGACAAAAUGUGAAGAAUCUGAAAGUGGGAGAUCGUGUGGCCAUUGAACCAGGUGUACCGUGUCGUAUUUGCGAUUAUUGCAAAAACGGACGAUACAAUCUCUGCGCAGAAAUGGUAUUUUGUGCAACGCCACCCUACGAUGGCAACUUAACUCGCUACUAUGCACAUGCUGCUGAUUUUUGCUACAAAUUACCGGACCAUGUUACCAUGGAAGAAGGAGCCUUACUAGAGCCACUGUCGGUUGGUGUUCAUGCGUGUCGACGAGGCGGCGUCGGUCUUGGUUCAUCCGUUUUGAUUCUUGGCGCCGGUCCAAUUGGAUUAGUCAGUUUGCUUACCGCAAAAUCAAUGGGAGCAUCCAAAAUUAUGAUUACGGACCUUGUGGCUGAUCGUUUAGCCGUUGCGAAAACCUUGGGAGCCACGCACACUUUACUGAUCGAAAAGGACCGUACUGAGAAGGACAACGUCCGACUCGUUCACGAAAUGAUGGGCGAAAUGCCGGACAAGACGAUUGAUUGCAGUGGUGCUGAAUCUACCAGUCGUAUGGCCAUUCUCGCAACAAGAUCAGGUGGCGUUGUCGUUUUAGUCGGAAUGGGAAUACCGGAGCCGAAACUGCCUAUCGUAGAUGGUUUGAUUAGAGAGGUUGACAUUCGUGGUGUAUUUCGUUACUGUAACGACUAUCCAGCUGCGCUGGCAUUAGUCGCUAGUGGUACGGUAGAUGCUAAGAAGUUGAUCACACACCAUUUCGACAUAACCGAAACGGCAGAAGCCUUUAAUACGGCCCGACACGGAUUGGGCGGUGCGAUUAAAGUGAUGAUCCAUUGUACACCACGGAAUUCGAAUAACCCGAAGCCGUUGUAGAGAAGUGUCUUGUUGUGUCCUUUAGUCUCCAUUGUUUGGAGGCUCUGGUAAUUGAAAUAUAUUUUAUUAGAAUAAACAUUUUUGGUGCAAAAA